AUGCGAGUCCUUAUCUUGUUCGUUUUGGCAGCGAGCUGUCAAGCGGAUUUUCUUGAAGACUUCGUUGUGGAGGCGAUCAAGACUGCACAGAAAAAUCUCGAAAAUCGUGACAAAAAUGUAGUUACGGCUGAUGGACUCGUACAAACUCAAAAAGCAAACGCUGAAUCUCAAUUUGAGCAAAUCAAAGGAGAUCUACUUUCUGAGACAACCAAGAUUGUCGUGGAGAAAUUUGGUGUCGGCGUGUUAGACGAGCUGGCUUUACUAGAUGUUGACGAACUUCUCAUUAGAGCUACCAGCGGAGCACGUAAAAAGCGUCAAACUUCAUAUAACGCUGGCGCAGGAGGCGGUGGAGCCGCAAUCGGUGGAGUAAAUUGCGGCACGAAAAUCACGGAUUGUAAAAGCCGGGACAGCAAUAACAUUCGAUCCAUCACUGGAAUAUGCAACAAUCCAGUGAAUUCCACUUGGGGCGCGGCAGUGACCCCGCUGCGACGGCUGUUGUUAAAAGUCAGCUACGCAGAUGGAUUUAACGCAAUUCGUACAAAAGGUGUUUUGGGUACUCCAUUACCUUCAACUCGUGAAAUAUCCAACAAAUUACACCAAGAGGGAGCAAAACCUGCAUUCGACUUCUCUAAGAACCAUUUUAGCAUGCAGUUUGGACAAUGGAUCGCUCACGACAUAAUUUUUAUGCCUUCUUCUGUCGGACCAAAUGGUAAAACCCUCGAUUGCUCAUCUUGCGAUUCACCAAAGGUUAGCGACAAUUGUGCACCAAUCCCCGUCCCUGGGGAUGAUGCCUACUUCAGAGCCUACAAUAAUGGAACGGAUAGAUGUAUUCGCCUGACUCGUGCGCUCAAUGCUCAAAAAGGUCUUGGCGUUCGAACUCAGAUUAAUCAGAAUACCCAUUUUCUUGAUCUUUCUUCCGUUUAUGGCUCAGAAGAAUGUGAAGGUGCUUCCGUAAGAUCCUACAUCAAUGGUGAAUUGAAGACCUACGUCCACAACGGUGAUAUCCUCCCACCACAAAACAAAAAUGAUACCAACUGUCAAUCGAAAAGUCCUUACUUUUGCUAUACCACUGGUGACUUCCGUAACUCUCUGCAUCCUGGGCUAGUACCUCUACAUGCUACAUACAUCAAGGAACACAACAGGAUUGCUGGACAAUUCAAGAGAGCAAAUCCAGGCUGGACUGACCAGCAAAUCUUUGAGGAGGCACGCCGCGUAAACAUUGCUCAAUAUCAAUAUCAAGUUUACGCUGAGUAUUUACCUGGAGUGGUUGGAGAGAAGCUAAUGAAUGAUUUCAAACUUCAUCCUUUGAGGUCAGGAUUUUCCAAGGAUUAUUCUCCAUCAGUAAACGCCGCACUAACAGUCGAGUUCGCUGGCGCAGCGUUCAGAUUUGGCCAUGGACAGGCAAGGAAGGAUUUCCCGAGAGUCACUAACAAGAAUACAACCGCUGGAACUGCCGUCGAUAUUGGGAACAACAUUUUCUACGUAGAUUCACACUAUGCUCCGAAUCAGGGUGGACUGGCAUCGUUUUUGGAAGGCAUGAUGCAGCAUCCCGUCAUGAAAUCUGACAACGAAUUUUCGUUUCCCAUUCGCAACCAACUUUUCGAAAUUCGUGGUCAGCCAGCUUCUGGUGUUGAUCUCGUGGCUGUAAAUAUCAUGCGAGGCAGGGAUAUUGGUCUAUUCCCCUACAAUGAGUACAGGACACUUGCGGGUUUGAAAAAAGCCAGCAAUUUCGAUGAUCUCAAGGUCGAGAUGGACCUGACUAACGUAGAAGCCUUGAAAAAGGUCUAUGCUCAUGUUGACGAUAUUGAUCUCUAUUCGGGAAUCAUGCUGGAGAGGCCUAUACCAGGUGCAGCGAUGGGACCCACUGGAGGUUACAUUAUCGCCGAACAAUUUGCUGCUUUGAAACGUGGUGAUCGCUUCUUUUACGAGCAUGAAGUGCAAGGAACAAGAGGACUGAAAGCAGAAGAGCUUGAUGCUGUCAGACGUACACACCUGUCCAAGGUGAUUUGUAUGAACACUGCAGGCAUGGAUCUCGUGCCGAAAAGUGUUUUCAGCCUCCAAUCAGAACGAGUGCCUUGCAGCAGUCUCCCAGAAAUCGAUAUUCGAUUUUUCACAGCUCCACCACCAUCAUCACCACCACCGCCACCACCACGAGGGUAA